AUCGCGCCGUGAGAGACGGGUAAUUUUGUAUAUUUUUUAACGUUUGGCAGGUUUUAGAGGUAUAUGAAUCUGGUGGACAUUAAGGCGACGGCGAUCAUCGGCAUAAUUUACAGGAUAAAGCGCUCAGGAUGGCAGUGGCUCUGAUGCUGGCAGCACCAUCACUGUGAAGUAAUACUACAGACUCAUUGAGAGAAGUCAGCAGGUACACCAAAGUCAUCCAAAAGCUGUCAAAAUGUCCAAAAGCAAGAGCUCGGAGUCAGUUAAGGUUGUGGUACGUUGUCGCCCCAUGAACGAGAGGGAGCGAGUCGCUAACUUCGAGAGGGUUGUCUCCGUAGAUGUGAAGUUGGGCCAGGUGUACGUAUGCAACCCUAGAGGUGCUUCCUCACAUGAACACCCAAAAAUGUUCACGUUUGAUUCUGUCUAUGAUUGGAACUCAAAGCAGAUGGAGCUCUAUGAUGAGACGUUCCGUCCUUUGGUGGACUCUGUACUGUUCGGCUUCAAUGGGACCAUCUUUGCGUAUGGCCAGACAGGAACUGGAAAGACUUACACGAUGGAAGGGGUCCGAAAUGACCCUGAGAGGAGGGGCGUCAUACCCAAUUCCUUCGAGCACAUUUUUACGCACAUUUCCCGCUCGCAGAACCAACAGUACUUGGUCAGGGCUUCUUAUUUGGAGAUCUAUCAAGAGGAGAUCAGGGACCUUUUAUCGAAGGACCAGUCACGCCGUCUGGAACUCAAAGAGAGACCUGAUACGGGUGUCUACGUUAAAGACCUGUCUUCAUUUGUCACUAAAAGCGUUUGCGAGAUUGAGCAUGUAAUGAAUGUGGGCAACCAGAACCGCUCUGUUGGUGCCACCAACAUGAACGAGCACAGCUCUCGCUCUCAUGCUAUCUUUGUUAUCACGAUUGAGUGCAGCGAGCUUGGCCCUGAUGGGGAGAACCACAUCCGGGUUGGGAAGCUAAACCUUGUUGACCUGGCGGGAAGCGAAAGGCAGACCAAGACUGGUGCACAGGGUGAGCGCUUGAAAGAGGCCACCAAAAUCAACCUUUCCUUGUCAGCUUUGGGCAAUGUCAUUUCAGCACUGGUGGAUGGGAGAAGCACCCACAUCCCAUACCGUGACUCCAAACUUACCAGACUUCUGCAGGAUUCCCUGGGCGGGAAUGCCCGAACGGUCAUGGUGGCCAAUAUCGGACCAGCUUCCUACAAUUUAGAAGAGACUCUUACCACUCUACGCUACGCCAACCGAGCCAAAAACAUCAAGAACAAGCCUCGCGUCAAUGAAGACCCCAAGGACGCACUGCUUCGGGAGUUUCAGGAAGAGAUUGCCCGGUUGAAAGAGCAGCUGGAGAAAAGAUCUGGCAAGAAGAGGAGAAAAAGGAGGAGGAGGGUUGGGGAAAGAGGAGAGGAGAUAGAGGAUGAUGAAGAUGAGGAAGAUGAUGAGGAUGACGAAGAAGAUGGAAUAGAUGAGGAGAAGGGCAUUGCAGAUUAUUGGCGGGAGCAACAGGAGAAGCUGGAGAAUGAGAGAAGGGCCAUCAUGGAGGACCACAGCUUGGUUGCAGAGGAAAAACAGCGGUUGCUAAAAGAGAAGGAGAAGAAGAUGGACGAUCUCCGCAAAGAGAAGGAGGCAUCAGAGAUGCUGGCAGCCAAAGUCAAGGCCAUGGAAAGCAAGUUGCUGGUUGGAGGGAAGAACAUUGUCGACCACACCAAUGAGCAGCAGAAGAUUCUGGAGCUGAAGAGGCAAGAGAUAGCCGAACAGAAAAGGCGGGAAAGGGAGAUGCAGCAGGAGAUGGAGUGUCAUGAUGAGGAGACACUUGAGUUGAAGGAAACCUACAGCUCACUGCAGCAGGAAGUGGACAUCAAGACCAAGAAACUGAAAAAGCUCUUUUCCAAGCUACAAUCUGUGAAGGCAGAGAUUCAAGACGCACAGGAUGAACAUGUUAAAUACAGACAGGAGCUGGAGCAGACGCAAAAUGAGCUGACUAGAGAACUCAAACUCAAACAUGUGAUCAUAGAGAACUUCAUUCCUCUCGAGGUGAAGAACAAGAUUGUGACGAGGGCCACUUUUGAUGAGGAAGAUGACCUCUGGAAGAUGACUCCCAUUACCCGUAUUCAGAAUGAUCAGCAGAUGAUGAACAGGCCAAUUUCUGCAGUCGGGUACAGACGGCCUCUGAGUCAGCAUGCCAGCAUGGCCAUGUUGAUGCGGCCUGAUGUAAGAUACAAGGCCGAGAAUAUCUUGCUGUUGGAAUUGGACCUGCCCACACGGACCACAAAAGACUAUGAGGGGCCAGUGAUAGCACCUAAAGUAGCUGCUGCUCUGGAGGACGCUCUGAGGGAGGAGGACGAGAUCCAGGUGGACGCCUCUGGCUUCCAUGCCAGCCUGGGCUCAAGUCCAGGUCUGGGCUUUAGUGCCUUAGCUACUGGGUUUUCCAAGAAACCAAAGUCAGGCCGCCCAAAAACAGGCAAGGCGGCGAGCACCCCCACCUCAGCUCAAAGCCCCUUGUCCAGCUCAAGGUCACCUCUGUAUCCUCAGUCCCGUGGCCUCGUGCCCAAGUGACACCACCCCUCUGUGAAACCCUCAACCCCCCCAUAUGGACUGGCUGUUGGUGUCAGUGAUGCUAGGCUCAUGAACUGCAAAACAUAGGACUGUUGUUAAAGAAAUCUGGUGUUCUUCAAAUCACUUGGUAUUAGGCCCAAAGUCAAAGCUUGAACCCUGAUGCUUACUGUAUUGUAAUACAGAUAAUACAAAGCUAAACAAAUGGUGAAUGGAGAUUUCCACAGCAUUAUAAUUACCUUGUUGUCAUUUGACAUACCAUAUAUAGCACAAUUUUAUUUUAUUUUUUUACUUUUGUCAAGCUUUAAUGUCUUAGAAAUGUACACAUGAUCAGUCAUAAUUUACAAUGACUGAAAUGAAAUUCCAUGGGUUACGCUUGCACUUGAGCAAAAUGUUAUCGUGGAGGUUGGGUCAUUGUAAAGGUUGAGAAAACAGAUGGUCUCAAUAUUAGGACCUUAUGUGUUAGAUAUGUCAUUGUGGCAAUGUUUUAGUGUGGGUGUCUGUGGAUGUUGGUUUGGUCUGUUGACUCUUUCUAGUUGUAGGAAUAACAAAUUUCACCUUAUUCACCAGUAGCUGGAGAUGGAAAUUCAUGCUGCUUUUCUCCACAGAAGCACUGUAUUGUUAUCAGACACAAUAGUAAGCACGUUAUGUUAUUGGUCCUAUCCCAAACAAAAACCUCUAAGCCUUUCUCUAAGACUCUUUGACAGGAGUAGGGCUGGGAAAAAGGGCCCAGAAAAUGGCUCUUGACCAGGCUGCUGUGUCAGUCAGCGCUGUAUCCAGUACGUGCUGUUUUUUUUUUAGAAUUCCUAAGAUGGAAGUAUGAAUGGGUGGGUUUAUCAUCACACACAAGAAUAUCAGGGUUCCAGGGUGCCUUAGAUUCUCGUUAAAUACAAAAUAAUGGAGUUCUCUUGCUGGCCUGAGAGUCCCUUGACCUGAUCGCUGGAUAUUAGAAUCCAAAUCAAAACCCCAAAUUUGUGCAAUUUGCAGCCUGUAAAAUGUUUUGAAUUACACCAUAUAAGUGUAGUCUGUCGUAUUUGGGAGGCUUAGGUAUUUAAUAUUUAGAUGUCACACAUGCAAGGUUUUGUAAAUGAAAAUAUGCAUCGUUUGAGUCAUGAAAAGUGUUAUUACUUUAAAAGUAAUACAUGGAUUUAAAGUUUGUCUUUUAAAUUCUCAAACCUUGACUACCCCUCUCUUAACAGAUGUGAAGGUAACACCACUGCCUGCUGCUACUGUAGGGUUCUAUAACCCAUUGUGACAUAGCAUACAGUUUAUGUAUAUUAAGCUGUUAGUAAAUAAUUCUGUAUUAUCAUCGCAGUUGUAUUAAAAAGUAAUAAAUACUGUCUUAGUUCCAUUUAAAAGGGUAACUUAUUACCAUACUAGUGGAUUUUAUAUUAAAGCAAUUGUAGAUCCAUUUUUCUUUGCUUAGAUUUGUUUUUUUAAAUAUGUAUUAUUUAAAGUUCUGCACAAAUUUAUUUUUGCAAAUGAGAUUUAAAUAUCAUUUUCAUGAUUCACUCAUUUCUUGUUUCUCCAGCAAUGUUGAUGCUGAUAGUACUGUAUUCUCUGUCCAUAAAGUCACUCUAAAUUUGUAUAACUGAAAUGUGUGAUUUCCAGCAUGAAUGUUUUAAUUAUUGAAAUAUACAUUAUCUAAUCAAAAUUCAUGCUGUACUGAUAUUGCAUAAAUCUUUAGUUGCUGUUACAUUUUUAAAUAUUGUUUGCCAUGACUUUAGAUUGAACACCCUUCAAAGCAUUAUAGGCUAGAAAUGAAACUGUUUGUCUACAGUCCAAUACGCCAGUACUGUCACAACUUCCAUGUGGUCAUAUCUGGGGAUGGAUUUGUGUGCAGUGCUUACAGGCAACACGAGAAGUUUAGAAUGUUCAUGCGCUGUUUUUUUCUCUACCAAAACAUGUUUUUGAAUUAAAAUAGUUCAUAACAAAGAAGACCUCCAUAUCUUGAAUCAUCUAUUUGAUGAAAGGAUGAUUAUCUGUCACAA